UAAAAUUAUCAAUAAAUUCUUCGUACCACGUCUACAAUGUGCAUAUAGUUUUCUAUGUGGGUGAGUACAUAUAUCGCCACCUCUUUUACUACUUGUCAAUUUUAGUAACGUCAUUUUCCACCCGAAAACAUGGCACCACCAAAGAUCUCCUCACUAAUACUGUUCUCAAUCUUGCUUCUCCUCACUUUUCCAAAAUCAAGUUCCCUUCCAACUUACUUGUACAGUAUUUGCCCAAACACCACCUUCCCUUCUAAUAGCAAAUACAAAUCCAACCUCAACACCCUCCUCCACUCCCUCUCCUCCAACGUCACCACUAACCACUCCGGCUUCUACAUCACAUCCGUCGGCAACGGCACAAGCGAUGCCGCCUACGGCCUCUUCCUCUGCCGCGGUGAUCUAAACGCCACCUCGUGCACUGACUGCGUCAAAACUGCCACCACCACAGACUUGCCACGAACAUACUGUCCCACCUCGAACGUUGCUACCAUAUGGUACGACGAGUGUAUGGUACGAUACUCUAACGUAUCUCUUUUAGGGAAAAUGGAUGAUUCUCCUAAAGUGAUGUUAACGAACACACAAAGAAUAAAUGGUAAUCAAACUGCGUUUGGUGAAAUUAUGCGGAAAACAGUGAAUGAUAUGGCGGUCCAAACAGCUAAUAAUCGGUCCGGGAUGAAAUUUACCGCAAAAACGGUGAAUUUUACUAGUUUGGUGACGUUGUAUGCGUUAGAACAGUGUACACCGGACUUGAAUGCUAAUGACUGUGGUCGAUGCUUGAGGGCUGCAAUUGAAAAGCUUUCAGUCAUGCAGGGUGCAAGGAUUUUGCAGCCUAGUUGUAAUAUUCGGUACGAGAUCUACCCGUUUUACAAUGGUGCUGUUAAUUUCUCAUUGUCUCCGACCAUUAAGACUGCUGAGCAUGGCCGAAAGAAGGUAUCAGCCAAGGUGAUCAUUGCCAUUGUUGCUCCUAUAGUUGUGAUCGUAUUGGCAAUACUUGCUAUAUACGUAUGUUUCAUUAAGAAGAGAGCAAAGCAUUGUGAUUCUGUACCCACAGGAUAUGGUGAAGAUUUCACAAAAGUUGAGUCCUUGCAAUAUGAUCUGCUUACCCUUCAAACUGCGACAAACAAUUUUUCAGAUGAGAAUAAGUUGGGCGAAGGUGGUUUUGGGGGAGUCUUUAAGGGUACAUUGUCAAACGGCCAAGAAAUAGCAGUUAAGAGGUUGUCCAAGAACUCUGGUCAAGGUGUACAAGAAUUCAAAAAUGAGGUUUUGUUAGUGGCCAAACUUCAGCACAGAAAUCUGGUGAGGCUAUUGGGAUUUUGCAUAGCAGGAGAAGAAAAGUUGCUCGUAUAUGAAUACGUGCCCAACAAAAGCCUUGAUCAAUUUCUUUUUGAUCCUGUAAAACAAGGACAACUGGAUUGGGGAAGACGAUACAAAAUAAUAGGAGGGGUUGCUCGAGGAAUGCUCUAUCUCCACCAGGAUUCACGGCUUAGAAUCAUACAUCGCGACCUUAAAGUAAGUAAUGUGUUGUUAGAUUCGGAAAUGAACGCUAAAGUUUCCGACUUUGGCAUGGCAAGGAUUUUUGGGGUAGAUCAAACUCAAGGAAAUACAAGUAAAGUUGUGGGGACCUAUGGUUACAUGUCUCCUGAAUACGCAAUGCACGGGCAAUUUUCUAUUAAGUCUGAUGUCUAUAGCUUUGGAGUGCUCGUGUUGGAGACUAUUAGUGGCAAGAAGAACAGUAGCUUUUACCAAUCAGGCUAUGCUGAGGACCUCCUAAGCUUCGCAUGGAAAAGGUGGAGGGAUGGGAUGCCUUUGGAGUUUGUGGAUGAAUCAAUAAAAGAUUCAUGCCCAAUUAAUGAAGUUAUGAGAUGUAUGCACCUUGGCCUAUUAUGUGUUCAAGAGUCAAUAGAUGACAGACCUACAAUGGCGACAGCAGUGCUUAUGUUGGACAGUCACUCAAUCACCCUCCCAAUGCCACAACAACCAGGUUUCUUUAUCAAAAGCUAUGUGAAAGGCAUUGGCUCUGAUCAAUCGACGAGUAAGUCGAUGCCCUUGUCAAUAAAUGAUAUAUCUGUGACUGAAGUUGAAGCAAGAUAGACAAUGGAUGUUGAAGAUAUACAAUUUACUACUCUUUUAGGUUUUUAUCUAGGCUAUGCUAGUUGAAAAUACAAGAAUUUUUCAUAUGUUAUUGUUUCUUAUACCUUAAUUAUAUAACAUAUACGAAAGUAGCCUGAUUAUGCCUUUUUAAAUUGGCAAUAAGAUUUUUUUUUUACUCA